UCUCUCAUAAUCUUUCUUUCUCCAUUCAUGAUUCGGAAUCACUGCGUGCACAUUCCCCGAAAUUAACAUUCCGUACCUUAUCACUAUUCAACACUUCUUUUCCAUUCUAGUUCUCCCCCUUGACUUCCCCCGCCCUUCCAUUUUCUUUGUUCUUCGAGCCAUGUUUUCUCUUUAAAACAAUAUUGAAUAUUCCAUCAUUUCUCCCUUCUUCAUUCUCCAAACCCCACCUUCAGAAACCCUCUCUUUCUCUCAAAAAUCUUUCCUUCUCGAAGAAAGCCUUAUAAGUUUUCUUAUGUUUUCUCUUCUCUUUAAUAUGAGGUGGUGAUCAUUCAGAGUUGUUUUUUUUUUUUGUUUCUAAGAAAUUAUAACGGUUUUCUGUUAAUUUCGACCCGAAAAUGCCCAUGGACCGAACCCUACAAUCGGAGAGCAUGAGAUCGCCCACCGUACUCUCAAUCGAGUGUCUGAAAGGGAGCUCAAAAGCCGACGAAUGGACCGGAGAUAUGCUCCAAACAGGAGAUAUCGUCGAGGAGAUUCGAAUUGGAUUCGGGUCAAGUUCGGGGUCUAGUCUGACCCAUAAAGCACCUUUUAAAGGCGGGAAGAGCGGAGUCCAGAAGAUUCUUCACAGCUCUUAUAAGAACAAGGAGACGUCGAUUCUCGUCCGAGUCAGGCGAGGAAGCGACGACUUCGCUCAGUUGCAGGCGUGUAUCGUGCCUAACGAGUCUGGCGGGAAAAAGCAUUAUAUGUUGAGGUCUAUAGCGGAUCCUAACUACGCUGUCGGGUUCUCGGAUCGGACUGAGUCCGAGUGCUUCGAGUUGCAGGCUUCAAGGAACUCCAGGUUGGUCAGUGAACUAUCAAGGACACGGCUUCAGGAUGGAUAUGUCUCGUAUCCAUGGGAGAGAAGGAUGCAGGAGGUGCUAUCAGUUCCAAACUCAGGCUGUUUUCUUUCUAUUCUCCUCCUUCCAAAAGCUUCAGAUCGAGUGGCUUCUCGAUACAAUGACUUGGAGGAUACUCUUGCUCGAGCAAAUGCUUGGCUUAAUGCAUCGCAGGGCUCUGGGGUCCCCAUUGUUUUCAUGAAUAUCCAGACAGAAUCUCUGCUUACUAAGAUCUCAGGAGAGACAGCCUCAUCUACUGUAAAUACUGGGUCAUUAUCUGAUUUAUCAAACCUAGCUAAUGCAAGUCUGUAUGGUUUUGAGGACUACCAUGGGGUUGACAUAGGAGUUGUUCGAGCAGUUCGUCUAUGGUAUGCUCCGCUUGCAGGAGAAAUUCCAAUUGAGAUCAAACUAAAAGAAGAUGAUACAAAGCUUGGGUUUGCCAUUAGCCGCACAGAAGAGGGAUUCAUCUAUAUUUCUUCCGUUAUGGAUGGUGAUGAAAAUGUGCCUUCGACGAGAUCAGGACUCAGCAAUCUUUACAAAGAAUCAGUGAGUGCAUCUAGGCUCCUGGUUGUCUCAAGAUUGUCAAACCAGAAGGUUCUUCCAUGGAUGGUUUCUUCAACAGGAGCUGUUCGAUGCUUUGAUACUGUUUCCCUAAGCCAGAAGCUCUCGCUACACCGGCAUGCAAACGUGCCAAUUCUUAUGCAUGUCUUUUUGUGGGAUCAGUCAUUGGUUUCUCGAGGUUUUGGCAGUGCCAGGCUUCGGAUUCCUUCUCCAUCAGUGUUACCAUUGCCACCUGAAGUUAGAUUAACACACCAACCUAAUGAAAAUCAAAUACUGCCUCUGCCACCUGAAGAACCAAAUGAGAGCAUAGUCACAGGCGAGCAGCCAGAGGUUAGACUACAGCGAGAUACAGCUGGGGAGGUGUCCUUUAGAUUUCAUGAUUUUUCACUGCCAAACAAUUGGGUGUGAUUUUUGUAUCUCGUAUGCUGAUUCUCUGUUUCAUUAGUGUAUAUAUAAAAAUUUUACAAGUAGGCGAGUCCUUUGAGCAAAAGCUAGUUUCAAUCAA